UCUUUUCACUUUUUAGUAACUUGAUUUUCAGGAUUUGUACUCUCUGUUAUCAACUUUGUCAAAAAGUGGAACAUCGAGAGCUUUUUCUGCAGCCAAAUUGUAUGUGUAUUAUGUGCUUGCUUCAGAUCAUUGAAUUAUGAAGCUUCUUUUUCACAAUUACUGCUAGAUAUGAUCUCCAUGUAUCUAAAUCAUUAGGUCAAAAUAAGCAGAAGGGGCAUAAAUGACAUGAACGAAUAAACUAUUGCGUGAUUGAAAUCAGGAAUUUCUGAGGAUUAGAUGCGACCUAUUACUGAUCUUCACCGUAGCACUAGUAGGACGUUAUGGCAAUCAGUUAAAGUUGUUUCAUUAGAAAUUUUGAAGUUUCUUUGAUAUUUUAUGCUUUGUGUUCCCCUCUUAUCGUUGACUGAUUAUUAGUUCUUGCAGCAUGGGUGUGUGAGCUGGGCUAGUGUUCCUCUUCAUCUUGGGAAGUAGUUGGUCUGGUAAUUGUAGAGAAUUGCAGACCAGUAGUAUCUUAACUAGAGUAACUGAUCAGAUUUCUUUGAAUUCAGGGUGCCCUGCCUAAUUUCUGACAAGUACCUAUAAUUAAGUUGGGAAAAAAGGUAAAUAACCUUGACACGGAAAAUGACAAAGAAUUAGACAAGAAACGGGAUGUUUGUAAAUUGUGUGAAGAAUUUACUGCUGAUGCACUGACUUACCUUAAUGCAAACAAAACACAAGCAGAGAUCAUGGACAUACUUUACUUCUCUUGCUCGAAGUUGCAUAUGUUUAAGAAAGAGUGCCUUGUAUUGGUACAUCAUUAUAUUCCUCUUUUCUUUGUGGAGAUUUCCUCCAUACAACCAAGAGAUUUUUGUCGGGAAAUGGGCCUCUGCAAGCAAAUAGCUCUCAUAUCUCAGCAUAUUCCUAAAAACAGUUGUGACCUUUGCCAGUAUACCAUUGCAGAAGCUUUGAUAAAAUUGAAAGAUCCUGAUACUGAGUUGGAUAUAAUCGAAGUACUCUUGAAAGCAUGUCAAGCUGUGAAGGGCUAUGAGAAAAAGUGUAAGAGAAUAGUCUUCGAAUAUGGUCCUAUGAUUCUUCUAAACGCAGAACACUUGAUAGAAUCAAAUGACAUAUGUACCAUCCUCCAUGCAUGUAAUUCCCCCAAAGCAGAUGUGAAGUGAGCAACGAUCAGGCUUUCUGCAUCUUAAAAAUGCAAAAAACAGGAUGACCAAAUUUGCUCAUGAUAAUCAGCCAGAUGAUCCAUUUUGACUGCUUUUUUAGUUUUGCAUGUGAAUAUAUCAUGUAGAAAAACUUGAAAGCUGGCAAUUUGUAAAUUAUAUAUCAGAUGCAAAGUUCAUGAUAAUAUAUCCAUAUCAUAGAGAUAAUUAUGUUGUACUACUUAAAUAUUUUCUCAUGUAUUUUGAAACAAGAUUGUGUAUCAUUUUUGUA